CGGAGGUUGUUGGGAAGUUGCGACGGUAAAGGUCGCUUCAGUUCAGUCAUUAUUUGCAGUCAUUAUUUGGCGGGGUUUUGUGGGUUUUUCCGAAUUUCUACAAAAUUUUUAAAAUUUAUUUUUAUACAUAGAUGUUGCUCAACAAAAUUUCUUCAUUUUCUAAUUCUCGUUUAAAUAUCAAAAACAUUUUUGCGUUUAAAAAUUUAUCAUCAAAUGUUAUCUCAAGUAAAGCACAUUUCUCGCAUCAGCCAAAUGUAAAAUCAAAUAUUAUUGAUUCUGGAUAUAAAUUAACUACUUUAGCUUCUGGUUUUCGUGUUGCCUCAGAAACUCUGAAAAUGUCAACAGCAACGGUAGGAGUUUGGAUUGAUGCUGGCAGUCGUUACGAGGAUGAAAAUAACAGCGGAGUUGCUCAUUUUCUUGAACAUAUGGCUUUUAAGAAAAGGACUCAACACCAACUAGAAUUGGAAGUAGAGGAUAUGGGGGCACAUUUAAAUGCUUAUACAUCGAGAGAACAUACAGUUUAUUAUGCAAAAUGUUUAUCUUCUGAUUUGGAGAAAUCUGUCGAAAUCCUUUCUGAUAUUUUAUUGAGAAGUGUUUAUGACGAAGGGGCAAUUUAUCGAGAACAACAAGUAAUUCUUAGAGAGGCUGAAUCGAUUGAACAAAAUGUACAAGAAGUUGUUUUUGAUCAUUUACACGCGAUUGCUUUUGCUGGAUCGCCUCUUGAAAGAACUAUUUUGGGAACUAACCAAAAUAUUAAAAACAUGACAAGAGAUCAUUUAAUUGAAUAUGUCAAAAAAUAUUACAAAGGCCCAAGAAUGGUAUUAACCGCUGCAGGGGGAGUUGACCAUGAUUAUUUGGUGGAGCUUGGAAAGAAAUAUUUUGGGAAUAUAGAAAGAGGGGAUGAACACAAAACUAUUGAAAACCCAGAAAUGAAAAUGACUUAUGGAACUUUGGCUGUAGAGGGAACAAGUUGGACUAAUCCUGAUAAUGUUGCUAUACAAGUGGCAAAUACUGUAAGUGUACCGGUGGUAAAAGUUCGGAACGUGACAUAUGUCAUUCGAUUCGUCUCGACGAGCUGA